AUGUCCGGCAACUACACUUGCGUUCCCACCAUCAAAUGGCUCAUCAGAGCUCUCCGUAACGACAACGUGGAAGCCGACGGUAUCGCCACUUGGAAUGCAAUCCUGAAUCUGCGAUUCCCAUCAACACAAGGCUUUUCCAUUCACCUAUAUGCCCACAGCGCUGUGCGUGGAUGUCCAGAUUGGGUCGAGCUUCAAAUUUCACAUUUGAAAGACGGCCACCAGAAUCCAGUUCUCGUGGUAUACUACCAACGCGCUGAUAGGCAGAAUGAUGAUCAGUGGGAAGAUGGACAGGGAGAGCUACAGCUGUAUCUUACGUUUCGGUAUCAUAACUUUGCAGAAGAUGCAUCGCCUAUCUAUGGAAUUCUUGCAAUUGGUGCCAAGUUGAAGAUCUUCCAGUACGACAAUCCCUCGCGAAGCAUCGAGCGGUUUGUUCCGCCUUGGGAUUUGGAGCGUCACGAUGAGCAGGUGUGGAACAUGCUUAGAAAAAUCAGCAGGAGUCACACUGAUGCUGGGGUCAGUGAAACGAGAGGCAUCAAAGAUGAGGCUGGUGGACAGGGGAACCAGGAACCGAAGAAUUUGUCGAGGGAGGCUCAGGCAGUUUGGUGUAAGAAGUCAAAGACUUGA